AUGGACAUGACAGGAGGAGAUAUGGAUGCCACCACAUUCGAUAACCGCGGCUCAAAUGCCAAUCAAGUGCCGCAAGCGUUUGGGGCCUCCAACUCGGAUGGUUCUCCCCUUACAUCAUCAUCCCACCCUGGAACAGCUUUCGCGGAAGAUAAUAACGAUGCAAAAAGGAGGAGGAUUGCUAGAGCGUGCGAUAUGUGCAGGAAGAAGAAGAUAAAGUGUGAUGGGAAAAUGCCAAAAUGUUCGCAUUGCAUAAACUACAAGUCCGAGUGUAUUUUUACGCAAGUGGAAAAGAAACGAAAUCCCCCCAAAGGGGCAAAGUACAUUGAAGGCCUCGAGAACCGAUUAGGCCGUAUGGAAUCAUUACUUCGGCUGUCUGGUCUUUUGUCCGAGACUGAUGCUAGAAAGACCGAUCUAGGAGUGCUGGAGAAAAGAUUGGCAGACAGAGCAGCGUCACCGACCUCACAGCAAGGGCAACAGCAACAGCCACAACCUCCCAAGGCAUCGACCAUACCUCCUACUUACAAUGCUUUUAUGAGCUCGUCGGCGUCGCCUUCGAAUUCUACUCCCCGUGGUGACUUGAAUGCUAGUCCGAGAGCUUCAUCAGCUGCAGGCUCCCCGGAUUCCCAAAAAGAGUCAGAGGCAGAGGUUGAUUCCCUCUCAGAUAUGAUGUGCUCCUUAGUUACAAAUAACUGUGGAGAAACACGAUAUAUAGGAUCCUCCUCCGGGUUCUCAAUAUUCUCGCCCAAGGGCAUCCAGUGGGUAAAUGAGAAAACGGGCGAUUCCUCUUUCCAACAUAUGAUCUCAUCUGCAUGUGUAGAUGAUAACAAAUGGAUAUACUGGAAACCAGAAAUAUUCAGCGACAUAUUUGCCCGUCGGGUUUUCAAACCUUUACCACCUAAGGAAGAAGCGCUAUCUCUCUUCAGGGAUUAUUUUGAAAAUUUCAAUUGUAUAUUCCCUCUUUUCCACGAGCCUACUUUUAUGCAUCUAGUUGAGAAGCAAUACUCAAGAGAUCCCUACGAGGGCUCUGGAUGGUGGGCUAGCAUCAAUGUUGCUUUGGCAAUCGCCCAUAGGUUACGGGUAAUGAGCAACCUUGCUCCACAGGAAGAAGACAAAAAGGCGUGGCUUUACCUGAAGAAUGCCAUGGGCGUGCUUACAGAGCUUACCAUGAGAAAUACGGACCUCCUAAGUGUACAGGCUUUGCUUGGAAUGGCAUUAUUUCUUCAAGGAACACCAAAUCCUCAACCCUCCUUCUUCCUUGUUGCAGCCGGAAUCCGUCUCUCUCACAGUAUAGGUCUACAUAAGCGCUGUUCAGGCUUUGGUCUAAACCCUGUGGAGCUUGAACAACGGAAGCGUGUCUUCUGGAUCGCCUAUAUCCUAGAUAAAGACAUCUGUCUCCGAUCCGGUCGUCCUCCUGUACAAGAUGAUGACGAUAUGAAUGUAGAGCUGCCCAGUGAAGAUCCCCCUGAUAACAUCGGCAAUGUUCCUCUUUCGGAUAACAAAGGGAAAAUCAAUCUGUUCCGUCUCAUGUGCAUAUUCGCAACUAUUGAGAGCAGGGUUUACAGACAAUUGUAUUCGACCAAAGCAUCUCGACAGUCCGACGGUGAGCUUCUCAACACUAUUGGCGAGUUGGAUCAUGAACUUGAGGAAUGGAAGAAUAGCAUCCCUAUAGAUUUCAGGCCGGAACACGAAAUAAAAACCACUCACAGGCCUCUGAUCUUGCCCAUCGUUGUUCUUCAUUUCGCAUACUACAAUUGCCUGACGACUAUACAUCGAAUGUCCGUUCAUCACGGGUAUUGGACAAGUCGUCUUUCAAACUACGCCAUACAAGGACUAAAUGCUCGACCAUUGAACCCUCGGGUGUUUUCGUCUGCUAUACUCUGUGUUUCAGCUGCUCGAGCUUCGAUUAACCUGAUUAAGUACAUUCCGCAGGGCGAUUUUGCUUGUGUAUGGUUGAUUCUCUAUUUCCCUAUAUCAUCAUUGGUAACACUUUUUGCCAAUAUCUUACAAAAUCCGCUUGAUGCAAGAGCUCGAUCGGACGUUAAAUUAAUGAACCUCGUGGUUAACUUCCUCUCAAUGCUCGCUACUGAUGAAUCAAAUGGUAGCGUCAAACGUAUGCUUAGCGUCUGCAGCGAAUUCGAAAGAAUAGCGAAGGUGGCUUUAGAUCGAGCCGAGAAAGAAUCUCAAUCAAGGCGUAAAAGAAAGACAAGUGAUGUACAACAUCAGCAGCAACAAGAGCAGCAGCAGCAGCAGCAGCAACAACAACAAAACCAGAAGGAGUCUAACAUAACGCCGCAUGUCAACGAUAAGGAUACCCAGCGUCCUCAGACACAGAUGACAGAGAACCCUACAGUAUCAAACGCCCAACAUCAGCCAUUUACUUCACCAUUCCCGGCCCACAUUAAUAAUAACAUAUCAAGCGCAUCCUCAAGUACAUUCCCAUCACCUCAGACAUCGUCACAGAACGCAUUUGAUACAGUGAUAAAUGAGGAUAUAUCAGCCGCACAAUUGAAGAAUACCGCAAGAUUUAACCAGGAGCUAAACGAUAUCAUUGGUGGCCCUGGGUUAAACGUCAACCCCGGAAUGUUCAGCGUCGACCAACAGCUUCCUAAUGAGUCAAUGCCCCUGGAUGUCUCCUCCUUCCAGCAGCCUUUUGUCCCACAAGAUUUAUGGCAGAUGCCGAUGACCCUUGAAUGGGACUGGGCAGACAUGUCAAAUGGCUUUCCAUUUGCUAAUGGGGCUACAGAGUAA